AUGAAUUUAUUGCCAAGUGGAAUAUGCUUUUAUUUCUCCUUAGCAAUCUGCUGGCUGACGUCCGAGGUCGACGCGUCUUGGUGGUACAUGGGCACCCUCGGGUCGCAGGUGAUGUGCGACAACAUUCCGGGACUAGUCAACAAGCAGCGCCAGCUGUGCCGCCAGCAUCCCAAAGUCAUGCAGGCCAUCGGGGCCGGGAUGAAAGACUGGAUCUCCGAGUGUCAGCACCAGUUCCAGAACCACCGCUGGAACUGCAACACCAUAGCGCGGGACCACAACCUGUUUGGGCGGCUGCUGCUACGGAGUAGCCGGGAGGCAGCCUUCGUCUACGCCAUCUCCUCGGCAGGCGUGGUGUACACAUUGGCGCGGGCCUGCAGCCAGGGUGAGCUGGACUCAUGCUCGUGUGACCCCACCAAGAAAGGCUUGUCACGGGAUGCCAAGGGCACCUUUAACUGGGGUGGAUGUAGCGAUCAUGUGGAUCACGCUAUGCGCUUUAGUCAGGCAUUUGUGGAUGCCAAAGAGAGGAAAGAGCGGGAUGCCCGGGCACUGAUGAACCUACAUAACAACCGAGCUGGCAGGAAGGCGGUGAAACGCUUCAUGACCCUGGAGUGUAAGUGUCAUGGAGUAAGCGGCUCUUGCAGCGUCCGGACCUGCUGGCUGGCAAUGGCUGAUUUCCGACGCACCGGCGACCACCUGCGGAAGCGCUAUAAUGGCGCUGUGCAGGUGGCCGUAAACCAGUACGGCACUGGCUUCACUACUGCACACACCCACUUCAAACGGCCCAGCAAAAAUGACCUGGUGUACUUCGAGGACUCACCGGAUUACUGCAUACGGGACCAUGAGUCAGGGUCCAUGGGGACGGGCGGGCGGCUGUGUAACCGGACGUCUCGCGGCGUGGACAGCUGCGAAGUCAUGUGCUGCGGCCGGGGCUACGACACGUCGCGCGUCAGCCGGACCACCAAGUGCGAGUGCAAGUUCCACUGGUGCUGCGCGGUGCACUGCCGCGACUGCCACCAGCAGGUGGAUGUGCACACCUGCAAGGGCCAGACGUGA